GUUGCAAAUAAUAUGUGCCGGAGGUAGUACGUGUUAUAGGUACGGAGUACUUGUCAAUUUUUUUUUAUGAAAAAUGCAUUUAAUUUGUUAAUGAUGUUUUUAACUAAAGUAAGUAAUUGAUUCCCCUAAUUUUAUCAACCGUUAUAAAUAUAAUGGUAGUACAUCUACCCAUUCUCCUGCCAUAUGCCCAUAUACCAAUUAAAAAAAAAACCAUGCACAUAAUAGCAAUGGCCUUAUUACUUCCUCCUUCCACCACCACCAACCUCUCCGCCGUCUCACGUAACCCUUUGCUAUUGAAUUCAUUACAACUUACCACCUAUAGAUGGAGCCAAACUCGCCGUGUUACACCCAAGAUUUUAUGCAAUACCUCAACAAAUGAUGAUCAACACACCCCACAAAAAAACCAUGCAGAGACCAAAAAGUUGGAUAGGAGAAACAUGCUCCUAGGGUUAGGAGGUCUUUAUGGGGCAGCCACUUCCUUAAGUGGAGGGUAUGUUACCCUAGCUGCCCCAACCGCCCCGGAUGUGAGCCAAUGUGGGCCAUCCAUAUUAGAUAAUGGUAAAAUCUUAAAUUGUUGUCCACCUAAACCCUCACAAGCUAUGGACUUCAAGCUACCUAUAGUAAGUCCCUAUGACUUGAGGACCCGACCCGCGGCCCAUUUAGUUGAUGGCAAGUACUUAGAAAAGUACUCCAAAGCCCUAGCCUUAAUGAAAGCUCUUCCUGAUAGUGACCCUCGUAGCUUUAAGCAACAAGCUAAUAUACAUUGUGCUUAUUGUAACGACGGUUAUCAUCAAGUCGGGUUACCGGAUUUGGACUUUCAAGUCCAUGGAUCUUGGUUAUUUUUCCCUUUUCAUAGGGCUUACCUUUACUUCUAUGAAAAAAUCUUGGGUAAGUUGAUUGAUGACCCGAAUUUUGUUAUACCAUACUGGAAUUGGGAUCAUCCUAAUGGUAUGGUAAUCCCUUCCAUGUUUAAUGACCCUAAAUCUCCUUUAUUCGACCCUAUUCGUGAUCAAACCCAUCUCCCUCCUACGGUCAUGGAUCUAACCUAUGACGGCCCACCCGAACAACCUUACAAUAACAACAAUAUGUCCUACAAUGAUCAAAUAACCCUUAACCUUACUAUUAUGUACCGCCAAAUGGUGUCCAAUGCCAAGAAACCUACAAUGUUCCUAGGGGAACCUUACCGGGCUGGGGAUCAACCUAGCCCGGGAUCUGGAUCUAUGGAAAACCAACCACACGGGACGGUCCAUACUUGGACCGGUAACCCUCCACCAAAUACUCCCACGUGGGAGGACAUGGGCAUUUUUUACUCGGCCGGGCGGGAUCCAAUCUUUUAUGCCCACCAUGCUCAAGUGGAUAGGACAUGGUCCAUAUGGAAGUCAUUGUUCCCUAAGAACAAAGACUUUAAGGACAAAGAUUUCUUAAACACCUAUUUUUAUUUUUAUGAUGAAAAUGCUAAACUAAUAAAAAUAUAUGUACGUGAUUGCUUGGAUACCAAGAAAAUGGGUUACGUCUACCAACCAAUGGACCUCCCUUGGCUUAAAUCACGUCCAACUCCCCGCCUUCGCCUUAAUAAAUCAUUAAAAUCAUCGUUCUCUAUGGUUAAAAACGCGGUGGCUGCUGAAAUCACCGUACCAACAAUAACUUUCCCUAGGGCGUUAGACCACAUUAUACGAACAAACUUACAAAGGCCACAAAAGUCAAGAAGCAAGCUUGAGAAAGAUGAUGAAGAGGAGAUUUUGGUCAUUGAGGUCGAGUCAAGGCAUGACCUUUACUCAAAAUUCGACGUUUAUGUCAAUGAUGAAGACGAAAUUCCUACCAAGGAGAACCGUGCUAGGACGGAGUAUGCCGGAAGUUACGUGAACGUACCACAUAAACAUCAUAAUAAGAAAGGUGAUCAUGGUAAUAAUAACUUGAUGAUGAAGACUACUAUGAAAUUAGGGUUAACUGAUCUUAUUGGUGAUUUGGGGGCUGAUGAUGAUGAAGGAAUUGAUGUUAUCUUUGUACCUCGUACGGGAAAUGAAAACUUGGUUAUUAAGGAUGUUAGGAUUGAGUUUCUUUGUUAAUUAAUUAUUAGUACUAAUUAGUUAUAAUAAUGUUUGUUUUGUGUGAAUGGAUCAACUGAUCUUUUUUUGUUGAUUUGAUGAUCUUUGUUAUAGGUAAUUAAUAAUAAUAAAAGGAGUUAUUGGUCUACAAUGUAUGUUGUCAUGCUUUCUAUUGCUUAAAAUUUAUUUUCACCAAGCUUAUCUAUAUUAGAAUUUAAGGUAAUAAAGAGAAUAAUGCCUAAAAAUAUAUGGAUCUUCUUAAAUUAAAUGAAAAAAUAAAUAAAUUAAAUGGAUAAUUUCAGUCAGGGAUUACUCGGCCGUUCUAGAGUUACUUGAUCAGGAAUUAUUCAGUCAGGAGUUGGUUGGU